AUGCCGCUGGGUGCCAACGACCAUGCCCAAAACUCAGUUUGCAAUGGUGAGCACCCGUGGGAGGUAACAGCCGUCACCAGGCUCUGCCGCUUCCUCUGCUACGGUUCUGAAAUGGCCAUGUAUGACACCAAGGAGCACCGCCUGGGCAUGGAGAGUGCCCUGGCGCUGCGCUCCCUGCUUCAGGAGGGCAGGGGCUGCGAGGUGGUGGAGGAGGUCAAGAGGCUGGCCAACCCUUCCCUGUUUAUCCUGGAUGUGUGCUCCCAGCACUCUGAACUGAAGACCAGGCAGAGGGUGUUCCAAGCCUUGAGGGAUGUGUGCCGGGAUUCCGAGCACCUCUUCACCUUCGUUCAGUACAAGAAGGAGGUGAAGGAGGGUAUGCAGUGCGGGAUAUGGGGACGGGCCCUGAGGAAAGCGGUGUCUAAUUGGUACAAUGAACAGGACGCCAUGAGCCUGGCUCUGGCAGUGACUAAAUAUAGAAUAAGAGGGGGCUGGUCGCACCAGGAUCUGCUCAGACUCUCCCACACUAAGCCUGCUAACGAAGGUGAUUUACCGAAAAUCACGUUGAUCAGUAAAUACGCUAUGAAAGGAUGGAAAGAGGUCCAGGUGGCAUACGGCGACAAGGAGAACUCUGAGGUGGUCAAAGUCCUCUCUUACCUGGAAGCGGUUGAGAAGGUCAAACACAUUGCUGACGAAAUAGAGGUCACCCAUCUGAUAGAGGAGCACAGGCUAGAGCGGGAACAACUACUGACAGACCACCUGAAGUCCAAAGAGGUAUGGAAAGCUUUGUUAAAUGAGAUUAAAUCAGUGCUAAGAACCCUGGGUAAGAUGACAGCAGACCAAGUCCUCAAACCAGGAAGCUCAGACGUGGCAGCGGUUUGCAAGAGGAUCCAAAGUGAGGCGGCUUUAAAGAAGGCUAAACUCAACCCCUUCAGCAUCUUGACGGCAUCGGAAAACUACAAUGGGGCCAAGGCAAAGGGGAAAGUGAAAUGGGAAGCCGACGGUGACAUCCUCAAAUCACUGGACUGUGCUUUCUACAAAUGUUUCAUGAACGUGGAGCCGGCGGGAAAGCACUUUGCGGUGGUGGUGGACAUUAGCACGUCUCUGAGCAGCAUUGUUCAGGGGACCUCAGUCAGCACAGCUGUCACGGCUGCAGCGAUGGCCAUGGUUAUUGCGCGGACAGAGGCAGAGACGCAGGUUCUGGCCUACUCGGAGGGAGCUAUAGUUCCUUGCACUAUCUCUGCCGACAUGUCUCUUCGUGAAGUAACAGCUGAGCUGGUCAAGAACCGUGACACUCUCCCCAUCCUGUGGGCUUCGGAGAAGGGAAUCGCUGUGGACAUGUUCAUCAUAUUCACCAACAGCGCCUGCUGGCACGGCAAGGCCAACCCGGCGGAGUGUCUGAGGAUGUACAGACAUAAAAUUGGUAUAUUUUCCAAACUGAUGGUGUGCGGGUUGACCUCAAAAGGCCACUCCAUCGCCAACCCUGCCGCGGACAGGGGCAUGCUCGACCUCUGCGGCUUUGACUUGGGAGCUGUGGACGUCAUCCGUAACCUCGCCCUGGACCUGAUCUGA